AUGUCACACAUUGAAAACGGAGAUGAUGCACUUCUCGCCGAUGAUUCGUCGAUUCUCGCUCAUGAUGGCAGUGGGGAUGCAACGAACAUAACUGAGGAUAGCGGUGUCGAAGAUCCGGAGCUGGAGGCUAUCAAGGCUCGAGUGAGAGAGAUGGAAGAAGAGGCUGAAAAGUUAAAGGAGAUGCAAACUGAGGUCGACAAACAGAUGAAUCUGAGCUCACCCACCUCUGCUGCAACAGCUGCACCGUUCCCCACACCAGAAGAAAAACUGGAGGCAGAUUCAAAGUCUAUAUAUGUUGGCAAUGUGGAUUAUGGGGCAACAGCAGAAGAGCUAGAACAGCACUUCCAUGGGUGUGGAUCGGUCAACAGGGUGACGAUUCUGUGUGACAAGUUUACUGGCCACCCUAAAGGAUUUGCCUACAUAGAAUUUGCAGAUAAAGACUCUGUGAUAACUGCUAUGGCUUUAGAUGAUUCAUUAUUCAGAGGAAGGCAGAUAAAAGUUGUCCCCAAGCGUACCAACCGGCCUGGUGUCAGCACCACUAACAGACGUCCCAGAGGUAGAGGUGCUUACGGCAGAGGCGGUGCUGGAAGGGGUACUGCCCCCUACUAUGCAGGAUUUGCCCCCAGAUCACGCCGGCCAUAUGGGCUUGCAUCCGAUCAACAGGUGCAAAGCUAA